AUGGCGAGUAAAUCCUAUCGAAAGUCCCAGUUGAUCGCCUUCGACAACGCCGCUGCCGGCCACGACGGCGUCUUAUCUGAUCCUGCCGGCUCCAUAAUCAUCAAACCGUGCAAGCAAUCCGAGAUCGACUUCUACGAAUCUACCUCAGCGCACGAGGAGAUUCUGCCCUAUAUUGCUGGUUACAAAGGCCGGCUGUCCUUAGGAGACACAGCGCAGGCCGCUGGCGCCUUCGCUCUUCCAGGCGAGACUUCCAUAGAUGAGCCUGCAAAAGAAGACACAGCGACACUGCCUGUCGUGAAUCAUGCGUGGAAGCCCUCGGGCGGUGGGAAGAUACAGACCGACUUGGCUCUAGUGCUCGACAAUAUAGCAGCAGGCUUCAAGAAACCAAAUAUUCUAGAUAUCAAGCUUGGCGCCCGUCUGUGGGACGAUGACGCCCCUGAGGAGAAACGCGUGAAACUAGACAAGGUUGCCGAGGAGACGACUAGUAAAUCACUUGGUUUUCGCAUUGCCGGCAUGAAAACCUUUCAAGGAAAUGAGACUACGGAAAACAAGCCAAUUGCUGCAGAGGGCUAUAAGGUUUUCGACAAGCACUACGGACGCGAAUUCGACGCUGUCACGGUCCACCGAGCCUUUGAAGAUUUCUUCCUUACCCAAGAAGGCACGAGACCAAUUGCGCCUAUAAGGAAAGUAAUCAGGCGUUUCAUCAGGGACCUGACGGGCAUGGUCGGCGUUCUCGAGGCCGAAGAGAGCCGAAUGUAUUCCGCUAGCCUUCUAUUUGUGUAUGAGGGCGAUGCCCAUGCUUUGCGCAGCGCUUUUACAGAGGAAGCCAGUCUGAUUGCGAAUCGUGACGUGCAGAAGCACCACCAAGUCGGCAACGCUAAACUCGUCCCUUCAGCCGCUUCCGCAACCGUCGAGGCGCCCGCGGAAGCAGACGACGAGGGUUCCAUUGAAGAUGAGAGACCCGCAUUUCCUGCAAUUGACAACGUGAAACUGAUUGACUUUGCUCAUGCGCGAUGGGCCCCCGGCAAAGGCUCGGACGAGAACGUCUUAUUUGGUAUACGAAACGUCGCUCAGAAGCUGCAAGAUCUGGUUGGGUAG